AUGCGGGGCCUCCUGGUGGCCUGCGCGUGCAUCCACGGCACCGCGGCCCUCUCCCUCCCCUCGCGGCGCCACUUUCUCGUCGGCGGCGGCGCGUCGGCCGUCGCCGGCCCCGCGGCCGCCAAGACGGACGCGGCGGCGCUCGUCCCCGCCGAGGCCGAGGCGGCGCCGAGCACGGGGCUCACGGGGCUCCUGCUGCUGCCGCCCGGCGAGGACGGGUCCUACGCCGAGAGCGUCGAGUGCGUCUACGCGCGCAUCCGGAGCGUGCUGAGCAACGUCGAGACGAGCCGCUGCGGCGAGGACGUCGUCGUCGUCGCGCCGGGCGCGGACAUGGCGACGAUCGCCAAGGCCAUGCUCUACGGCACGGACCUGCGGGACCACUUCCGCGGGCCGCCCGUCUCCCCCGGCGCCGUCGUCCACUUCGGGGACAUGGCGGCGACGGCCAAGCCCUGGGCGACGACGCGCGCGUCGACGGACCCGGGCCUCGCCUGGGCGGACCGGGAGCGCAAGGCCCUCACGGUCGCGCGCGAGGACCGCAAGAAGGCCGCGCGGGACCUCCGGCUCGCGGCCGACGACGUCGACCACGCGGUCCGCGGCGCCAAGGGCCGCGCGGCGACCGCGCGCCAGAAGGCCGCGGACGCCGCGGAGCGGCGCGAGGCCGCGGACGCGCGCGUCCUCGCGUCGGCGCAGGAGGAGGCGCUGAAGGAGGCCGAGCGCGCCGCGCGGGAGCGGCGCGCGGAAGACGCGCGGGUCCUCGCGGCGGCCAAGGAGGAGGCGCUCGUCGCGCGGCGCUCCGAGGAGCGCGCGGCGCGCGACGCCGCGGACCGGGAGAAGCGGGAGCGGCAGCGCGUCCUCUACGCCGCGAAGCAGAAGGCCGACGACGAGAAGAAGGCCGCGCAGCGCGCGGUCUACGCCGCGCGCCAGCGGGAGCAGCGCGAGCGCCAGGCGCUGUCCAAGGAGGGCGAGGGCCUCGCGUUCCUCGAGGAGGAGGGCCUCUACGCGCUCGGCGGCGUCGUCGCCGCGGGCCUGGGGCUCCAGUCCCUGGGGGAGCCCGCGUCGCCGGAGGAGCUCGAGGCGCGGCGCCGCGCCGCCGAGGCGCGCGCCGCGCGCCUCGCGGCCGUCGAGGCCGAGGACCGCGCCGCGGCCGCGCGCGAGGCCGCGGCGCGGGCCGCCGCGGCCGCGGAGCUCGAGGCGGAGCGCGCCGCGGCCGCCGCGGCGCUCCAGGACCAGCGCCGCGCCGAGGCCGCGCGCCUCAAGCUCGAGCGCGAGGCGCUGCGGCUCGCGCGCGAGGCCGAGAACGCGCGCAAGGUCGAGCGCAUGGUGCCCUCGGCGAAGGAGGCCGCGCACAAGCAGCGGGUUCGCGACGAGGCGGCCGCGCGCGCCGAGCGCGAGCAGCGGGACGAGGACCGCCGCCGGGCCGCGGCGGCCGCGGCCGAGGCCGAGGCCCGGGCCGCGCUCGCGGCGACGGCCGCGGAGGCCGCGCUGCCCGACGCCGACGGCGGGCCCUGCGACCCGCUCGACGACCUCUGCAACGCCGUCUACGCCAACGAGCGCGACGACUCCUGGCUCUACGACAUCCAGGGCAUCCUCGCCGCGUCGGAAGACGACUAG